UGUCUAUGUGACAAAAAUUCGUCUAAACAUAAUAUAAAUAAUUUAGCGUUUAUAUAGAAAUGAUCUUGAAAUUUAUGGCACAACCAUAAAGUUCACGUCACGAUGAAUAAUUUGAAUGGACCGCAUGUUUCGAUCACGUGACGCUUAAUCGGUAAAAAUCAUGAUUGUAUUCUGAUGCAUUGGUAGACGAUAAGAUCAUUCUCUUCUAUAAAUUUUGAAUUAUCUGUUACAUCAACUUUGGAUUUUCUUUGACGAUUUCGAUCAGAGAGCAAUAAUACAAUAUCUUUUAUAAUACAAUACAAAUAUUUUUUAUAAUACAAUACAAAUAUCUUUUAUAUUAAUUUUAUGCUAUCAUAUAUUGCAUAUAUGCGAUAUAUAUAUAAUUUACUUUUAUCUGUCAGGAUCGAAUGUUUUGCACGAAUUAUUAUAAUUAUACUUUAAAUUUACAGAAAAUUAUAUGAUUGAUAAUAAUUUUAAAGUAAUAUAAACAUGUACAAAGAUAAAGUUUAAAAAAUUCUUCCAAAGUUAAUAAUAUUGACAAUAUAUGACGUUUUCGAUAUCGAGACGCUUAAUUAGAUUCAUUAGGGAAUUCUUUGUAAUAAACACUCUAAUGUGUGUAAAAUCGCAACUACUUUUUGCAUCAGAAAAAGUCAUAAUCAUUUAUGACAUUAAAUGAAUAUAACGUUCUUAUAUAGACCUUUAUUUGGCAAGAUUUACAUUCGGAAAUUCUGUUUGCACUUUUAUCCGUCCACUCCAAUUUCCAUCACAUCUACCUCCACAAAAUUGUUAAAUUAACAGUUAAAAUGACAAUUACAAUUGGAGUUUACGGACAUUUACUUGCCAUUAACAUUCAUUUUUUAAAUAUUAUUUCCGCAUCAUAAAACGCGUCUGUCACGAUUGUAAGGUCGCGGUCACGUGAUUCCCGUGCCGAGUGGAUCGCUUUGCCCAGGAAUUCUCUGCGGAAGGCUUGGAAUGAUAUACCGCGGGGUAUACGGUUCUUCGAAAAGGUACAGACAUCGAAAAUGAACGACGGAAUAGGGCUGGAGACCACUGGAGACCACCGCAGGCAGGCGAGUGAAAAGCGGGACGAUGGGAGGGGUGAGGAAGGGGAGGGAGAACACGGCAGCGGCAGACUGGCUGGUGGAGCGAGUCCGAGAACGGUGUAGUGCGAGCGAGGGACGAUAUGACGUGUCCCAGCGAGAGGAACAAGGACGAGGAAGUUUGCGCAGGAACGUCGCUGUGACGACGAACCUCGCGUGACGUUCCCGCGGGGGGUUCCCGCGAUGAGAGUUCUCGUUUCUUUAUUAUCUAUUGCGUACUCCUUGCGCGCACAUCUCGUCUCGUCGAGGCGUUUAGUUUACCUGGCGAAAGUAAUCGAAAACCAAACGAAACGCAUACGAAUGCACAUAGUAAAUUCUUGCGCGUCGGUCCGCGGGAAAUUUUCGUCGUCGUCGUCGCUCCGAAUAUAGUUUCCGGGGUAACUCCGGUUACUCAGGCCGAGAAAAUAUCGUAAAUAAAUCCGAUAAAUAAACAUAUCGGGCUCGCUUGUUGUCAACGUGCACUUAUUGCGCGCACGUUGCAGCGAUGCAUCGCGGAUGAAAGCGCGGAUUUUCAACGGAUUGGAAACGCAUCGACGAGACCGUACGGUCGUACGGUAUACGUCGUCGCGGUCGGUGAAGCAACGCAGAGGGGCGGAAAAGGGAGGUGAAACGCGCGGUGGAUGCGGCGCGCGUGGAAUGCACCGGGACGGCGGGCAUCGACGCGGCGGUCCUGGGAGUCGCGGCGGAGGGGGGAAAGGGGAGCCGACCGUCCGUAAGGAAAGGAAGGGCCGGUGGAACGGAGCGAGCUGAAACGGGGUCCGCGGCGCGCACGUUCAUUCGAGCGCGGCCUUGCCUAAAUCUCGCGAUAGUAUUCCGCUCGCUCGCGCGGCUGCGCACGGAUAUAUCUCCAUGUUUUCCUGAGGAAACGGCUUCCGCUGCCUAUAAUUCCCUUCGCGCCUCAUCGUCGCGGCGACGAGAAGAAAGAAGAAGAGGAAGAGUGACGGAAAAAGGAAAGGAACAAGAGCGCCCGCUCCCUCGGGAAGUACCCGUGCAUCCUGGCGAUACAUAUAAUACGUGUACCGGAGUAGCAGGUAGAAACGACGAGGAGGAGGAGGAGGAGGAGGAAAGAGCGAGGGAGGAAGGGAGAGAAUCCGCGAAUACGUGCGCAUCGGCGUGGAACUCGGCGCGGCCGGAUUCCGCAUGCUCUGCGCGUAAACGCAAGUGCGUGCGUGCGUGCGUGCGUACGUACGUACGUACGCGCGCGGGGACCUGUUGAUAGGUCGCGCAGGUGUACGAGGGUGGACCCCGUCCCCACUCUGCCUUCUUUCCCCUCCAACGCCAUCGCCGCCGCUGCUGCUGCCGUCGACGACGACUACGAGAGCCGACGAGAGAGAGCACACUUUCGGCUAACGCACGGCGCGUUAUGACCACCUGAUCAACGAGAGAAUCUCGGUGGUCAUCGCCACUUCAUCCGUCAUCGGGGCCGAAUGCCCUGUCGUCGUCCGUAUAUAGUAGUCGUGGAAAAAAAAAAGAGCGCACCCGACGCGGGAUAACAAUCGUCGCGAGCGCGGAUUUUGAGUGAGAAGCGCGCGUGUGCGCGCGCGCGCAAGGUGUCUCUCCGUUUGUUUGAGUUGUGUGAGUGUGCGCGUGCGUGCGUGCGUGCGUGCGUGUGCGAGGGACCGUCGUCGACGUUCCGACAUCAUCGUCGCGGUCGCCGUAUUUCCCUUCUCGGACUCUUUCCCUCUUGCCAAGACUCCCUCUCCUCUUUCCGCUCCGCGCGCGCGGGAUCGUCCACAUCGGGCGGAACAUUGGAGAGUGCCUUCCAGGUUUUUGCGUGUGGAGUGUGGUGCCGUCAGUGUGAGGUGAGGUUACGCGUGGUGCAGCAGUCGUCGGGCCCCGACUUGAGAUGCCGUGGCUGCUCAAACUACGGACUCGCGAUUAUAGUUAGGGAGGUAACGUGAGUGAGUGACGACAUCACGAUGCGCAUGUCGCCGCCGCUGGGGUUAGUGCUCGUGGCAGCGGUCACGCUGCUAGCAAGUGCGAAUGCUAACGCGGAGACGGGCCUACGCAUCGAUUCGGACGCGGCCACGUCGUUAUCGUCGUCGCAUCACCUCGGAACGAAGGAUCGCGACCAGGCGAUAGCCGGGAUGGAGGCCAGCCUGCUCUCCUUCCUGGGCAUCACGAAGAGACCGAGGCCGCAAGGUCGGGCCCACAUCCCGAAGUCACUCAGGGAGCUUCAUUCCCGCCAGAACGCCAUCGGCGUCGUGGACAUCGCGAAGCCGGGCAUUCACACGCGAUCGGCUAACACCGUCCGUUCAUUUCCACAUAUCGAGAGUGAUCUGGAUCACAAGUUCCAAUCUCCGAAUCGUUUUCGGUUGUCCUUCAAUCUAACUAGGAUACCUAGCAGCGAGACGUUGCAGGCUGCGGAGUUGACGCUGACGCGAGUUGCGAUCUCGGACGUCCAGGACGUAAACGCGAAACAUAAGCGCGGCCGGGUGCUGGUGUACGACAUAAUACGGCCUGGCGUAAAGGGUCACAGCAAGCCGAUAUUGCGGCUGAUCGACAGCAAGGUGAUUGACGCGACGGAGAACGCCACAAUCAGUCUGGACGUGCAUCCUGCUGUGGCGAGGUGGGUGGACAAUCACAUGGACAAUCACGGGCUGCUGGUGCACGUGACCGGUGCGCUCGCCAGCACGCGGGAGCACGUGCGACUGAGACGCGCCGCCGACGAGCACAAGGACGCGUGGGUGGUGAGCCGGCCGAUGCUCUACACGUAUAUGGACGACGGCCGUUACGGGAUGGCAUCCGCGAAUCAGAUAAUGGACCGGCGAGCCAGGCGGGCCGCCCUGCGGAAGAAUCGGCGGAAGGACGGUCGCGAGAAUUGCCGACGGCAUCCGCUCUACGUCGACUUCGCGGACGUCGGCUGGAACGAUUGGAUCGUCGCGCCGCCCGGAUACGACGCCUUCUACUGCCACGGUGAUUGCCCGUUUCCUCUGGCGGACCAUCUGAACUCGACGAAUCACGCGAUCGUGCAGACCCUCGUUUACUCGUCCAAGGCGAGCAUGGUGCCGAAGGCGUGUUGCGUGCCGACCGCGCUCAGCUCGAUAUCGAUGCUCUACCUAGAUGAGGAGAACAAGGUAGUACUGAAGAACUAUCAGGACAUGGCGGUCCUCGGAUGCGGCUGCCGUUGAUGCUCUGAUAACGGUGUCUUUUGAUUGGCGGUACGCGAGACUCGUUCGACUCGAGGGACAAUCGCCAAAAUCGUGGAAUAACGCGAAGGGAUGAAGAAACGAAACAAAAAGAGAAAUAUUUAACCUGCAUGCUGUUCAGGUUGAUCAUGAUUUUAUACUUGUCGCUUUUACGGAUAUAUUAAGGAUGAAACGCAGACAGCGUUGUAUUGUUUUUCUUCAGAUAGAACACAAAGUCAUAAUGACUCCAUAUGUUAUCGCGAGUUUGUCAUUUAUAAAUGAUAAAUAAUAUUAUGAGGAGAUAUAGAAUCAUUAUGAUUCUAUAUCUUAACUGAAUUGUUUUGUUCGCUUUAUCAUCUAUCAAACAAUACGUAUCAUUAGGACAUGAGACAGAUGUCAUUAAAACAUCUUUAAGACUUCUCAAUCUUUAACAUCGUGUUUGAGUGCUAAUGUAAACGAAUCUUUGGAAAUGUUAUUAUAUCGAGAAAGAUUUUUUGGUUUUUCAGCAUAUUAUUUUUCUUUGUUUAGGUAGAUCAUUAUUUUUGCAAAAUUGUCGCGUCAAUUAAAGAUUGACUUUAACAAUCGAACAUAAUAAGUUGAUCUUUUAUCUUGACAUCAUCAGAACCGAUGAUAUUUUUCUCAGUUUUAUGAUUUUGUCUAUAAUACUAUUUACUCGUUCUAAUACACAGUCCAAUGUUUUUUGUAAUCAAGAGACAUGGCAAAACAAAUACACGCGACCACCUUGUGUCUCCGCACUUGCAGCUUGAUUGCUCGGAUUGCUCGGAAGUGCUAAUCGAGUUGGAGAAAGCAACAUUGAUCAAUAACGAUAUCUCGUCAGAAAAUAUGCCCUCUCGCGCGCCGAUAUCACACGUUAGUUGUCCGCGAGCAAAAGAUAGGGAUAAUGUCGAGAACAUGAUUGUCAAAUUUCGCGCUGGUAUCAUCAGGCUGCUGAUGAUAAUAAACUCCUCUUUUUAUAGAUCCUUAUUAGCCUGUCACCUAUUGAUAAAUGGUAUCGUUUAGCCCUAUGUUUUAAUCUAGCAUUUAAUUUUCAUAGCGUUAUCACUUUUGGCUAAAUUUAUAAUAGAAAAUGAAAAGUAAAUAAUAGAGCGUAUUACUGAAAUAUACAGGCUAAAUAGCAUUCGUCAAUAAGGAACGCCAAUAAGGACCGAUACAAAAAAUUUGGUAAAGGACACCGAACACACUGUAUAUGUUCUUCUAUUCGCUUUCUUAUGUGACGCGUAGUCACAUGGCAAAUGCGAGUAGUAAUGGGAAAGCAGUACGAAAGGAAAAUUUAAAAGAAAUCAGCUGACUUAAAAUAGGGGAUUUAAAAUAGACUGCGAUUUGCUGCAUAAUUAAGAGAUAUAUCGCUCGUUCAUUGGAUCUCGAUAGAUCAAUUGUAAAUAGAGGCCUUAUAGUAGCCUUUUACUCCAAUCGCGGAUGUAGCGAUCGACGUAGCUCUUAAUCACAGUAGAUCCCUUCUUUCUUCUCAAGCAGAAUUUUUUUUCUCUGAAUAUUCAUUCUUAGAGACCGUCGGAAUCGAAGUAUCCCUCUAUUCUGAAAUCUCUUUUUAAUUCUCACUCUCUCUCUCUCUCUCUCUAAUUUCGCGCGCGAUCACAUAGCGAAUAUGUCGUGCAAGAAAAAGAGAAAAAAUUCAGUUUAUAAAAGGGCAGCUGUCUCAAAAUAGAGAAGUUUCUACUGUGAUUAGCGGAAUCGCGCGGCUUUGCGUGACGAUGAUUACACGUGAUUAUUGCGUGACACGAUUACCGCUGAUUAAAAGGAUGCGAAUUAGUCAAGAACAAUAGACAGCUUUUAAUUGUAGCUGCGAACAUAAUCAAGCGACAAUUGCAAUAAUUAUCGGGUCAUUGUCAGAGUUUAUUGAGAACGCCAGACGAGAGUAGCUACCCGUUUAUAAGCAAACCCAAUUGAGAAAAUGAGUAGGAAUAACUUCUAUUUGACAAUUUAAGAGUCGAGAAGUGUGGAUUAGAAGUGAUAGAGACAAUAUUGUGGAUUAAUAUCCAGCAAAUAUAUCAGAUCUUCGUAUGGAAGAUAAUAAUAUCAUGUGUAAUUUUAUCAUAUUCUUCAUUCACAUUCUUUAUCAACAAUUUUGUACAUUUUCGUAUGUGAAUUUUUUUGCGAACAAAUUUUGCAAAGAUCCCAGCAACACACUGACUGUAUAUUCUUUCUAAUCAAUUCUGACUGCAAGGAACAUUUGACUUUUGUCCAAUUAUAUUACUAUAUUCAUAUUAGAGAAUAAAAUACUGUUUUUUUUUUAAAUAAAUUUUUAUAAAUUAUGAGAGAGAUAUAAAUUAUGUAUUAUUCAUGUGAAAAGAUCUGUUAGUAGUGUUUAAAUCAAUAUGCAAAUAGAAUUCGCGAGAUAUACUUCAUGUAUUAUUGUUAAAUGCAGCGCGUCAAUAUACCGAUACACGGAUACAUAAAGAAAAAUACAUUGCGACACAAUAUGGACUUUGAAUGAAAACAUUCCAUUGAUCGAAACGAUUUUAAUGCUCUUCUUUAAAUAUUUGUCUUCUUGAAAUAAAUUGUAAAUUCUAUUUCUACUUCAAACGCUCGAUGGUAUCUUUUCUACGUGAGGAAUCUCAAACUGUCGAGUCCUCGCGAUAUAAGAGUUCUUGAUUUUUAAAUAUAAGCUUUCAAAGCGCGACAAAACAUUUGAUUAAUUUUAAUAUAUCGCUAACGAGGCAAGUUGUGCCGAGUGAUAAAAAUAUGUAUAAGUGAGACCUAUGUAAUGUGUUAUGUACUUGCGUAAUCAUGAACUCACUUAAUUCAUCAGAUGUAUAAUCGAUUAAACUUUCUGAAAAUAAAACGUACGACGUGUGGAUGUAAGCGCGAUACAAAUGUGAAGCGAAAUUUUAAUAUCGGCAAAUAUUGCGCAUCACUGACUACACUGCGAGAACCAUUGUAACGCUUCAGCAAGUGAACAAUGAAAUCAUGUGUCGGAAAUACACAAUUGACUAAUGGUAAUUUCAGCAAUGUAGAAAUGUCUCUUCUGCACGCGAUAAAAUGUCAGCCAAGGCAACGUUUUUCUCCUGGAAAUUGCGUUCGUCGUGCAAACGUGUACAUGAAUGAGUACCUCUUCACAGUUAUUGGAUUGCAUUGACAUUUGCGCAAUGUUGUCACAAUGUUUUAAAAGGACUAAAGAGACAGGGCAGCAAAUUAGAGAGCGUAAAUCGGCGUGUCCAGUUACGUACCGACACGGAGCCACGAAGAAGUAUGCAUUCCGUCUCUUUAAACGCGAAUGGAUGCAUGCCUACGUAAAUCCUGCCGCCGCGAAUAGAUUGUACCUGCCUAAGGAUUUUAUUCUAUUUAUUUUUCUUCUUUCUUUUUUUUGCCAAAAGAUCUUGAACACACGUGUAUAUUUGUACAGAAGUGUUUUAUUAAUAAGCGAUCGUCGUUGUAAAAUGUGUAAAAUAGAUAAGAGAUAAGCGAGUCUGUGUAAACACUGUAAAUAAUAUAUUGUAAAGUAUCGUGCGCAUGUAUAUUCUUAUAUAUUUUAUCAUUAUUUUCCUAGUUUUACGAUUGUAUACAGAGUGCGUGUGUAAAUAUUAAAUAAAUUUAAUAUGGUAAUAAAA